GCUUCCCCUGGUUCCUUCCGCAGACGCCAUGAAGAUCAAGGAUGCCAAGAAACCCUCUUUCCCAUGGUUUGGCAUGGACAUUGGGGGGACUCUAGUAAAGCUCUCAUAUUUUGAACCUAUUGAUAUCACAGCAGAGGAAGAACAAGAAGAAGUUGAGAGCUUAAAAAGUAUCCGGAAAUAUUUGACUUCUAAUGUAGCAUAUGGAUCCACUGGUAUUCGGGAUGUACACCUUGAACUGAAGGAUUUAACACUUUUUGGGCGAAGAGGGAACUUGCACUUUAUCAGAUUUCCAACCCACGACCUGCCUACUUUUAUUCAAAUGGGAAGAGAUAAAAACUUCUCAACGUUACACACGGUGCUAUGUGCUACAGGAGGUGGUGCUUACAAGUUUGAAGAAGAUUUUCGCACAAUUGGAAACCUCCACCUGCACAAACUGGAUGAACUUGACUGCCUUGUAAAGGGCUUGCUGUAUAUAGAUUCUGUCAGUUUCAAUGGACAAGCAGAGUGCUAUUAUUUUGCUAAUGCCUCAGAACCUGAGCGAUGCCAAAAGAUGCCUUUUAACCUGGAUGAUCCCUAUCCACUGCUGAUAGUGAACAUUGGUUCAGGAGUCAGUAUUUUAGCAGUCCAUUCCAAAGACAACUAUAAACGAGUAACCGGGACAAGCCUUGGAGGGGGUACUUUUCUGGGUUUAUGCUGUUUAUUGACUGGCUGUGAAAGUUUUGAAGAGGCUCUUGAAAUGGCAUCCAAAGGUGACAGCACCCAAGCUGACAAGCUGGUCCGUGAUAUUUACGGAGGAGAUUAUGAAAGAUUUGGUCUGCCAGGUUGGGCUGUAGCAUCUAGUUUUGGGAAUAUGAUUUAUAAGGAGAAGCGAGAAUCUGUUAGUAAAGAAGAUCUAGCAAGAGCUACUUUAGUUACUAUCACCAAUAACAUUGGUUCUGUGGCACGAAUGUGUGCUGUUAAUGAGAAAAUAAACCGAGUUGUCUUUGUUGGGAACUUUUUACGUGUCAAUACUCUCUCAAUGAAACUUUUGGCAUAUGCACUGGAUUAUUGGUCAAAAGGUCAACUGAAAGCAUUGUUUCUAGAGCAUGAGGGAUACUUUGGAGCAGUUGGUGCACUUCUUGGGCUGCCAAAUUUCAGCUAAAAAGCAUCAGGUUUUUCUCUGCUAAUAAAUGUCAUCCAUGAGGAACUGAAAACCAGAGGCAUUAUUACUGCAUUAUUGUCACUGGGAACCAAAGGAUAACACAGUAGCACUAUUCCUGUUGAUUUUUAAAUGUCACAAUGGUAAGCUGCUAAAAGUUGCCAUAUUAAAAGAGGGAGCUCGGUAACAUGUGAAGUAUUUCUAAUUGAAAUGCUUUCCCUUCUGUAUAUAUCCAGUGUUAAAUCCUUAAAAUGCAAUACAGCCUCUGAUUAUUGAGCUUCCUCUCAGAAGAUUUUCUAUUUAUUUUAUGUAGCCAACUCUUGCAGUACUGUAUGCUCAGACACAAAUCUUAAAGUCUCUGAAAUGUUAAGCUCCUGAAGAUAAUUGGAUCUGGAUAUUUGUUGCAAGUGCGUUCUGUGUGUCUUGGUUACUAGUAAGUGGGCAGUAACAUACCCUAUAUCAAACUUACUGAAAUGGCUAUCAAAGAUGAUCGUUUUGAUGUGAUUUUAGAAAUGUUAAGGCAAUAUGAAUUAUUCAUGAUUGUAGUUUUCUCAACAUUUCUCCCACCAAAAAAGCAUGUUUAUAUGAUCUUUUCCCAGAAGUACAAGCUUUUUCAAAUGCCAUAAUUUGAUUGAGAUACUGUUGUUAAAUAUUAGCCUGAAUUUUAAGAUGAAUCCUAGAAAAUCACAUAAUUGGUGAUAAUUGCACUUUCUGUAUUUUAUGUUAAUCAUUAUAUUUAAAAAAUGUUUUGUAUUUUAUAGAGACUUAAUUACAUAUUUGAAAAUCCACUUAAUGAGGUCCCAGGACUACACUAAUAGAAUAUGGCUUGUGUGCAUUGAUAGAGACCUGUGCUCUCUCUAUACCGCAUUUAUCUCGGACCUGAACUUAGUCAUUUCUGUUUAAUAAGGUCUGAAACUUCAAAGCUAGAGACUUUAAUCUAUUAUGAACAGCAACAAAAUCACAUUUAUUCUAAAGAGAUGUCAUGGAAAUCUAAAAGAUGAGUUGUUUUGAAACUGUAGGGGUCUGAGGCAGUAUUGCAAAAUUAGAAAAGGAUCAGUGUUUUGUACAUUCUGGUAAUAAAGACAUUAUAGUUCCAAAAUUUGUAAAUCCUUUUCCCUUGGAAUUUAUUCUCUAUUUUGAAGUCAUUUUUUAUAAUGUUACUAAUUUUUUCAGAUACUUUGGCAGUAACAUUUUUGGAGGUCCAGUAGUUCAGCAAAGUUGUUCAAGCCUGUUAAUUAAUUGGUUUAAGAAGUAGACUUGGGGAAAAUAUUCACUUCCUUAAAUUACCAGUAAAUGUGGAUAUACUUUGAAGAGCUUAAAAAUUGUUUACAUUAUAGGAAGAAAGAAGUAUUAGUAUGUUUUUACGGAACAUAAUUUUCCUCCAUAAGGAACAAUUUGCAGUAGAGGUGCUUGAUAAAGACAUUUCUCCUUACAGUUCUCAAGUUUUGUGCUCAAAUAUUUAAAAUUCAGUUUUAUUUAAUCUAAAGACAUGAACAUAUGAAUAAUAGGAGUGACUAUUCAGAGGGAAAAGCAUGUAAGGUAAUUUUUUAGAAUUUAGAAUAU